UAAGUCCUCUUUUAUUUGUUGUCUUUAGUAACUUAUCUCUUGUCUUUUGUGAGUUUUGUUGAAUGUUGAAAUAUUGUUGUACUAAAUUGACGGAGCAAAAUAUAUAUGUUUUUCUUCGUGGAUUGUAGGUUAUCAACGUGAGGGACCUUUAUUGUGAAGGACGAAUGAAUACCCAAGACGUCGUUUUAGACAGGCCCAGUUCAGCCAGAAUUAUUAACGGAAGCUGGCGGCAGAAUCGAACAUCUCCUUAGUUAACACGACUUGAUGGUUAGCUACUGUAGCUAGAUAAAUGGUGUGGAAAGACGUUAAUUCGUAGUAAAGUCUUAUAAAAUGGGCGACCUUGACUCUGGCAUAGUAUAUGUGCGCGAGAGAGGACAGCUUCGUCGCGUCAAUAACAUUGUGCUCGCGGAGACGAAGCCGCCUUCAUCGUCAUCAUCAUCAUCACACAGAACAACAAACCCUCUGGCGUUGAAAAAGGAGCACUUCGUCUUCACCUAUAACAAAGAAGGCAGUUUGAAGUACACUGCCAAAUCCCUCUACGACAUAUCUCUGCUGUUUGUGGCGUACAACAUCAACCAUGUCGAUUCUCUCGAAGGAUUUCCUGAACAAGUAGGGGACAGACUCUUCGCCGCCGCGGAGGAAAAACAGAUAUUUUCAGAUCCUGAUGCAGCCCCCAAGGCUCUGCAGUUGUUCAGUGAUGCAUACGGGGACAUAGUGCUCGGGUCACUUUGUUUACGGCAUAGGUUUCCUUUGCUGUCUGAAAAGCUGGAAGAGAUAAAAACGUUUCAUAGUCUGAAGUGCCUGGAUCUCUUUGGCUGCAGACUGGGAGACAGCCACGACAUCUUCCAACAUCUCACAUCAGAUGCAUUGUCCAGCCUGGUCCAGCUGUCCCUGGGUGGUAACAGCCUGUCAGACCAGGGUCUCCAGAGACUGACAGCCCCUGUCAGGAUGAUGAGGAGGGGGCUGAGACACCUACAGAUACUGGACCUGUCCUACAACCCGAUCACUGAGAAGGCAGUUGGAUAUCUCACAUGCCUCCCAAAGUUACAAGGUCUUGAUGUAUCAGGAACUAACAUAAAGGUUGGCCCGUCAUUCAAGCAGUCCGUGAGGAACACCAUGGGGUUGGUCCUGUCUGAGAAACUACUGGAGGCCUUCGACCACUCCUGUUGUAAAACACAAGGCUGGGCAGAACAGGUAGUAAACCGGUGGGAGUUGAGUGCAACAGAACUGCCCAAACUAAAGAAGAUCCAAGAGUCAAGAACAUCAGCUAUUCGCUUUUUUGGCAGAGAGAAGUAUGUCAGAGGAAUCCUGAGCGCAUCACCUCUGAUCCAGGACAAAGAACAAGACAAAACCAGGGAGAGGAUACAUUUGUAUAAACCAGCAACAAGCACACACACACAUCAGACCCAAUGCACAGGGACUAAAAGCGGACAGAUUAAGCACUCGUCACUCGACAGCAUUGAAAUCGCAGGGUCCACCAACGGACAUGUAAAACCCUGUUCACAGAACAAGAAGAGGCCUCGUAAACACCGGGUCGGGGACAGUGGGCAUCACAGCCCUCCUGUUAAACGUGCUUCUUCAUCACCAGCUCUCACAGCAGGCGAUUUGGAUCUACUCAACAGUUACUGAUGCUUCUUCUCCUCCGUAGCUGAGGUCCACAGUCUCCAAAUGUGUGGGUGUGUGUGUGUGUGUGUGUGACAAUGCAGUGCUCAAUUUGAACUCUUCCUGGUGUCAUGCAUCCUGUAGAGUUCAGGUUCCACCUCUAGGUUAGCUUUGGUGGGUUUUUUAGUUUUUGUUAAGUGGACCCCAAGCACUCCUUAGCUGGAGGAACAUUUAGAGUGUUUUCUUCGUCAAUCUGCUGCUUAUUUACGUUUUAAACUUUUUACAAAUAAAAGUAUAUUGUUUUAUUAUUGUAA